GUCCUAGAGUUGUAAUUGAAAUCUGGAAGAAAUUAGGGUCUGUGGGUACUUAUGGGAGCUCUGCCAUUGCUGUUGCCGGUUCAUGUGAGGCUUCUGCUAUUGAUUGGAUUGGUGUUAAUUUGCUGUGGUCGGUUGAUAGUUGUGUACUUGCUAUGGCUAUUUCAG